GAGGUAGCUAGUUAACUCCUCUGAGUUGUGUGUGUCGUCGACCCGGGUCCGGACCUCGGUACGCUGUGUGUUCUGUGUGUUUUCUACCAGGCUGCCACGCGGGAAAGGAGAUUCCAGCAAAAUGGGCAAGAAAGACAAGAAGGGAAAGAAAGGAAAGGGAGCCGAAAAGACAGCCGCUAAAACAGAAAAGAAGUUGACCGCUAAACAAAAGAAGGAUCUCGCAGCCAAAGGGGAGGACGACAUUGAAAGUAUUCUUGCUCAAAUUGAAGCUGAAGAUCGCAAACGUGUUGAAGUCGUUGAACAUGUGGUUGACCCACCAUCUAGAAGGAUCAACUUCUCCCUUGUCGCUCAUCCAGAGAAGGAGGAACUCAUACUCUUUGGGGGAGAGUAUUUCAACGGCCAGACGACAAUGCUAAACAACGAUAUGUUUGUUUACAAUAUACCACGAAAUGAAUGGAAGAUCCUGAAGGCUCCUGCUGGUGCACCACCAAGAAGUGCCCACCAAAUGGUUGCUGUCGCUGCCAAUAAGGGACAACUGUGGGUGUUUGGAGGAGAGUAUGCAAGCCCAACACAGUCUCAAUUUUAUCACUACAAAGAUUUAUGGGUUUAUCACAUAGCCGCUAAAAAAUGGGAGAAAAUCAAUGCUCCUGGUGGCCCAUCAGCAAGAAGCGGUCAUCGGAUGGUUUGCGUCAGGAAGCAUCUUGUUGUGUUUGGAGGGUUCCAUGAUAAUUUGCGAGACUGUAAAUAUUUCAAUGAUGUUUAUGCUUUUGACCUUGAAAACUACACGUGGAAGAAGAUAGUCCCCACAGGUACACCUCCUGCUCCUCGGUCUGCCUGCCAGAUGAUUCCUCUAGCUGAUGGAAAAAUUCUUGUCAGUGGUGGUUACAGUAAAGAACGUGUUAAGAAAGAUGUUGAAAAAGGCACAGUACAUACAGACAUGUUCCUUCUGUCUCCUGAGAAACAUGACCAAACUUUCUUGAAGUGGAAAUGGCAGCCAAUUAAGCAAGGUGGAAUGAAACCGUCACCAAGGUGUGGAAUGGCUAUCACAAUCGGCGCUGCCAAUAAGGCCUAUGCCUUUGGAGGGGUCUUUGACACUGAGGAAGAUGAGGAGAAUCUUGCUGGAGUUUUCUUCAACGAUUUAUAUGUGCUAGAUACUGAGAGAACAUCAUGGCGUACAGUUACCUUAAGUGGUAAAAAAGACACUGCUGCACCUAGCCGAAGAAGAAGAAAGCCAAAAGAAGGUGAUGAUAUGGACUGUGAGGAUGACAGUGAGGGCUCUGAUAAUGAAGCUGAAAUGGAAGUUGAAACACCUACAGUAACGACCAUCUCAGAUGAUGGAGUUUUCACAGUCACUGUGGGGCCUGCUCUUACCCAAGCUACUUCAUCUGAUAGUCAAGAAACAGGAACUGUAGCAAAUAUUUUUGUUCCCUCUCCCAGAAGUAGUUGUGGGCUGGUUGUUAAGCAUGGUGUACUUUAUUUAUUUGGUGGUAUGAAAGAAGAUGGAGAUCGUCAAUUUACUUACAAUGACUUCUAUUCCUUAGAUUUGCACAAAUUAAAUGAGUGGAAAAUAAUAAUACCCAACGACCAGAGCAGUGAAGAAUGGUUUGCAUCUGACAGUGAAGAAGGUAGUGAUGAUAGUGAAGGAAGUGAUAGCGAUAGUGAUAGUGAGGAUGAAGAUGAGGAUGAUAUGGACGUUGAAUGAAUUUAAAAGAAUAAGUUUGGGUCAGAGUGAUAUUGUUAGGGAACAAAACCAACAUUAAAAUCUCUUUGCAUAUGUGCAAGGCACUAGAACAAAAUG